AUGGAUUUCUCCACCAAGUGGGUGAACCUGCCUCCGGGGCCGAGCCUGAAGAACCUGACCGACGGAGGGUUCGGCGCGCUGGGGGACCGGCAGCACGCCGCGGUGCAGGACCUGACCAAGGCGCACAUCGAGUCGUUCAACCAGGCUGUUACCGAGGGACUGGCCCGCGUCGUACAGGCCAUCCCACCCUUGGAGUUCAUGUUCAAACAGGACAAGGUGACGCUUACCUUUGUGGAGGCCACCAUCCACAAGCCAGUGGUCACCAAAGGCAGCGUCUGCUCAGAGAUGAAGGUGUACCCCGCAGAGUGCCGAGGACGACGGUGUUCCUACAAAGGAAAGCUGGUGGCGGACAUCAGCUGGGCCAUCAACGGAGUGCCUAAAGGCAUCAUCAAGCAGUCGCUGGGUCAUCUGCCCAUCAUGGUGAAGUCCAAGCUGUGCAACCUCCAUGGCUUGUCCCCCAAGGAGCUGGUAAAGCACCACGAAGAAGCAGAGGAAAUGGGAGGUUAUUUCAUCAUGAAUGGCAUCGAGAAGGUCAUCCGUAUGCUGAUCAUGCCGAGGAGGAACUAUCCGAUUGCUAUGUCCAGGCCUAAGUGGAAGAGCCGGGGUCAGGGAUACACCCAGUACGGAAUCUCCAUGCACUGUGUGAGGGAGGAGCACUCGGCCAUCAACAUGAACCUGCACUAUCUGGAAAACGGCACCGUGAUGCUGAACUUCAUCUACCAGAAGGAGCUCUUCUUCAUUCCUCUGGGCUUUGCUCUGAGGGCUCUGGUGGACUUCACCGAUUUCCAGAUCUACCAGGAGCUGAUCAAAGGCCGCGAGGACAACUCCUUCUACAAGACCUGCGUGUCGGAGAUGCUGCGCAUGGUGUCUGAGGAGGGCUGCACCACCCGCAGCAAGGUGCUCGCCUACCUGGGAGGGCGCUUCAGGGUUAAGCUGACCGUGCCGGACUGGUACACCAACGAGCAGUGCGCCAACUUCCUCUUGAACGAGUGCCUCUGCAUCCACCUGAGGUCGGACCUGGAGAAGUUCUACCUGCUGUGCCUCAUGACCCGGAAGCUUUUCACCUACGCCAAGCAGGAGUGCAUGGAGGAGAACCCGGACAGCCUGAUGUGUCAGGAGGUGCUCACUCCUGGUCAGCUCUACCUCAUGUUCCUGAAGGAGAAACUGACGACGUGGCUGACGUCCGUGAAGCUGAGCUUCGACAAACGAGGGUCUAGGCUGAGCGGUGGAUGGAGCCCCGAGAAUGUGAUCAAGAUGCUGAACAUGGGAUCGGAUUUAACCAAACCUUUUGAAUAUUUGCUGGCCACCGGGAACCUCCACUCCAAGACAGGUCUCGGCAUGCUGCAGAACACGGGCCUCGCCGUUGUAGCCGACAAGCUCAACUUCAUCCGCUACCUGUCCCACUUCCGCUGCGUGCACAGAGGAGCAGCGUUCGCCCGCAUGAGAACCACGUCCGUCAGGAAGCUGCUGCCGGAGUCCUGGGGCUUCCUCUGUCCUGUCCACACUCCGGACGGAGCGCCCUGCGGUCUGAUGAAUCACAUGACCGCCAGCUGUGAGAUCAUCACCACCACCGCCUACACCACGGCCCUGCCCGCUCUGCUCUGCUCCCUCGGUGUGACACCAGUGGACGGAUCUCCGGGUCAAGCCUUUUCAGACUGCUUCCCUGUGGUCCUGGAUGGAGCGGUAGUGGGCUGGGUGGAGGCCGACUUGGCGCCGACUGUCGUGGACUCGCUGCGCAGAUUUAAGGUGCUCGGGCAGAAGAAGGUCCCUCCCUGGACUGAGAUCGUCCUGGUUCCUAAAACAGGGAAGGCCAGCUUGUAUCCAGGCCUGUUUCUCUUCACAACGCCGUGCCGCUUGAUGCGACCCGUCCAGAAUUUAGCUCUAGGGAAGCAGGAGCUGAUCGGGACCUUUGAGCAGCUUUACGUCAACGUGGGGAUCUCGGAGGGGGAGGUGGAGGCCGGCGUCACCACACACCAGGAGCUGUUCCCUCACUCCAUGCUCAGCGUGGUGGCCAACUUCAUCCCCUUCUCAGACCACAACCAGAGCCCCAGGAACAUGUACCAGUGUCAGAUGGGUAAGCAGACGAUGGGCUUCCCGCUGCACUCGUUCACCGAUCGCUCGGACAACAAGCUGUACCGGCUCCAGACCCCGCAGAGCGCCCUGGUCCGGCCCUACAUGUACGACCACUACAACCUGGACAGCUACCCCAGCGGCACCAACGCCAUCGUGGCCGUCAUCUCCUACACCGGCUACGACAUGGAGGACGCCAUGAUUGUGAACAAGUCGUCGUGGGAGCGAGGCUUCGCCCACGGCAGCAUCUACAAGACGGAGCUGGUGGACCUGGCGGAGAAGAUGAGGGGGGAGGACAGCGUGGUGUUCGGGACCAAGCCAGGCGACCCCAAGGUCGGCGACAAGCUGGACGCGGACGGGCUGCCUCACAUCGGCUCGGUGCUCCGUUACGGAGACCCCUACUACGGCUACGUCAACCUGAACACCGGCCAGAGCUUCGUCACCUUCUACAAGAGCCAGGAGGCCUGUGUGGUGGACAACAUAAAGGUCUGCAGCAACGACACGGGCUCGGGGCGAUUCAAGCGCGUCUGCAUCACAACGCGGGUGCCGCGCAACCCCACCAUCGGCGACAAGUUCGCCAGCCGCCACGGCCAGAAGGGCAUCCUGAGCCGCCUGUGGCCGGCGGAGGACAUGCCCUUCACCGAGAGCGGCAUGGCGCCGGACAUCCUCUUCAACCCGCACGGCUUCCCGUCCCGCAUGACCAUCGGCAUGCUGAUCGAGAGCAUGGCGGGGAAGUCGGCGGCGCUGCACGGCCUGAGCCACGACGCCACGCCCUUCACCUUCUCCGAGGAGAACUCGGCGCUCGAGUACUUCGGGGAGAUGCUGCGGGCCGGCGGCUACAACUACUACGGCACGGAGCGGCUCUACAGCGGGCUGAGCGGCCAGGAGCUGGAGGCGGACAUCUUCAUCGGCGUCGUCUACUACCAGCGGCUGCGCCACAUGGUCUCCGACAAGUUCCAGGUGAGGACCACGGGGGCGCGGGACAAGGUGACCAACCAGCCGGUGGGCGGCAGGAACAUCCAGGGCGGCAUUCGCUUCGGGGAGAUGGAGCGCGACGCGCUGCUGGCGCACGGCUCCUCCUUCCUGCUGCAGGACCGCCUCUUCAACUGCUCCGACCGCUCGGUGGCCCAGGUGUGCGUCGACUGCGGCAGCCUGCUGUCGCCGCUGCUGGAGAAGCCGCCGCCGGCCUGGUCGGCCAUGCGCCACCGCAGGACGGCGUGCGCCCUGUGCGGGAAGAGCGACUCCAUCGACUCCGUGUCGGUUCCCUACGUCUUCCGCUACUUCGUGGCCGAACUGGCGGCGAUGAACAUCAAAGUGAAGCUGGACGUGAAGUGAAACCAGGCCGGUGUGUCAGAUGUUAAUUAACACGUUGAAGUUCUGAUUUUAUAAAUAAAAGACGUCUUAUUUUGAAGGCUGAUUCGUGAUCAUGAUAAAAUGAUUAUCAGUGGG